ACCAAAUCCUGAAAUAUUCCUUAAGCACUCUAUGUAUUUACGGAGGAGGGUAGAGAAUGUAACGUUGUGCUCUACUGGAGAGUUCGUUUAAAUCUAUAAUUUUGUUGAGUCUGUUAUUUAAACUAACUAAUGUUUGCAUUCUGCAAAUUGCAGAAUUUUUAAAAUGUUUUGUUCGGAAGUAUCUUGUGAUUAUAGCGACAGGAAAUAACACCAGAGCAAGAUUCCAGGCUGUGAGGAGCAUGUUGAAUAAGUCUGGUUAAACUGAGAAGGAUGAAACCCUGACCGUCACAUAAAUAUGGAAAUCCCAACAUUAAACAAGGUCCUGAACAGCUUCUACAAUCACAAGAGCAUUUGUCAGUUUCCGCUGAACUCAGUGUCGUGAUAGAAAGACAGAAGCAGCACUUCGCUCAUGCACUUCCUUUAUCUUUUUUUUCAUGAGUGACCUGGUAAAGUGACAGGAAUAAAACACUUACUUUUGCAAAGAGCUGUGUAACUAACCCCUGGUAAAAAAAAAUCCAGUCGCUGGUGCUUGAUGUUCUUGCGUUUCUUUGUUUUUGCCAGAGUUUCCACAUGUUCUUCAGUCCAGAUUAUCCAAAUUCACUUUUAAUCAUUGCAAACAAAAGAUGCAAUUGGCGCACCAGUGUCAGUAACUCCUCUUUAAUGGAACUUUUUGAGACCAUGAGAUCUUGCUCAGAUAACUGAAGUUGUUCGGUAUUCCUAAUUUCUGCUUUCUCACUGUUAACCCAGUCUUAGCCAUAUUUGUAUGUUUUGCCCCAACCUCAGGCCUUCUAAUUGCAUUCACAAACCCACCUGGGGCGUUAUCAAAAGGGAGCUGAAAAUCCAAAUACACCACUCCCACUGAUUCCCCUGGAUUAAUGCUAAACAGAUCAACGAGCUGAAACUUCAAACUGUUUAGAAGAUGAAACAGUGGAAUCUUCAAACUCUACAUUCUUCACUGAUGAAGAACUCGCCAAACUCAAGUCGGAUUAUGACAUGGGUGGAGUGGAAAAGGUUAAAACAGUGGUACAGCAGAAAGUAACUCAACUGGACAAUACAGAGCUCAAUGUUGCAGUAACAGGAGAAACAGGUGCAGGGAAAUCUUCCUUCAUCAAUGCGAUGAGAGGACUUGAGUUCAAUGAUGAGGGAGCAGCUGAAGUUGGUAACAUAGAAACCACAAUGGAGCCAACGGGAUACAAACAUCCCAGCCUGCCGAAUGUUUGUUUCUGGGAUUUGCCAGGAAUUGGAACCAAAAAAUUCCCUGCGAAUAAAUACCUGAAGGAAAUGAAAUUUAAAAGCUAUGAUUUUUUCAUCAUCAUCUCACAUUGUCGAUUCACAGAAAAUGACACAAAACUUGCCAGAGAGAUCAAACGGCUCGGGAAGAAUUUCUAUUUUGUUCGAUCUAAAAUUGAUAAUGAUCUUGAUUCAAAGAGAAAGGGAGGGAGACAAUUUAAUGAAGAGGAAGAACUGAACAAGAUCAGGAAUGACAGUGUCAGCAAGCUGCAAGAGGCAGGGAUCCCAUCACCCAGUGUGUUCCUGAUAUCAAACUUUGACCUGAAUCUGUAUGAUUUUAGUCUGUUAAAUAAAGCUCUGGAAGAUGGCCUUCCGAAUAUAAAGAAAAGUGUAUACAUCCUCGCCCUCCCAAAUGUCAGCUUGGAGAUUGUGGAGAAGAAAAGGAAAGAGCUAAGGAAACGAGUCUGGAUGUUGGCGACACUUUCUGGGGUAAUUGGGGCGGUGCCAGUUCCCGGAGUCUCCCUGGGCUGUGACAUUGGGAUAGUAAUUGGAGGAAUAGUACAUUUCCGUCAAUGUCUGGGUCUGAAUGAUUCGUCUCUUCAAAGUCUGGCCAAGAGGGCAGGGAAACCUGUGGAGGAUCUGAAAGCAGUGGUGACAACUCCCCUGGUCGGGGGGGAGAUAACCCCCGAUGUCAUAAACAGAUUGGCCUGGGGUGCUGCUGCUGUCACCAUUUCAGCAAUUGAGCUCGCCCUUGACAUCAUCCCAGUGAUUGGUUCCAUCUUCGGAGCAGGGUCUUCGUUCCUUAUGACCUACAAACUACUGAGUGCUGCACUGGAUGAUCUUACAGAGAGUGCACAGAAAGUGGUGACAGCUGCAUUUGGGACCGAAAAUGAUCCAAACCAAAGGUCAGUGCAGUGAGUGAAUACUGCAGCUGAUGGAUAACUGGGAUCUCGCCCUAAACACUGAUGAAAUUUUACUCAAACAUUCCCUUGUGACUGAACUCAUUUGUGAAAAUAUUCCUCCCUGAUACCACGGAAAUGUUAUUGCACAACAGCAUCUUUUUCGAGGUGUAUAAUAAGGAGAAUUUUAAGACUCCAAUUAACUUCACAUGAUCCUGGCACAUUGGCUACCCCUUCACGAAAUACAAAUAAAAUACGUGUUCCCUGUUGCUGGAAUCAUCCAUCAGAGGAUGUAUCCAGUCAGCCCACUAUUCCUCUGGUCAGAAAUAUCUGUGUGUCCACAAUGACAGUGAUGGACAGCUCCUUCUAACGUUCAGCUCCUUUUCUGUAAUGGUGUGUUCUAAAAUAUGACAACAGCAUUAUGACUGAAAUGGACUCCUACAGAAAGAAAACUCACUGGGACUGUGUUUCAUUUUUGAUUAUAGGUAAUUUCUACAUUGGUCCCUUUUUCCACCUUCAUGGCUAUCAUUCACGUGACAUUUUAAACCUGUGUUAAGGUUAACAGUAUAGUCUUCCUCCCAGCAUAUAACAAUCCCAACAUAAAGCCUUAUCAAGAGGAAGCUUGUUUUCCAAUGCUGUUAAACCCAUCAACACAUUCAGUGUGCAGCCCAUUACCUGGCGUUAGAACUGUUGUUGCACAAAGCAGAGAAUGUCAGAAAAGAUUUCAGUUCUCUGCAGAUCUCAAUAUACAUGAUAUCAGAAUAUGGAUGAAGGCACUGGAUAACGUAAUGGCGAAGGGCCCUGACAACAUGCAGCAAUAUGACUGAAGCCACUGGCUCCACGACCUGCCAAGGCCCUAAGCAAUUUGUCCAUUUGAAUCUAACUGACAAAUAGCACAGAUCGAAUGAUGAGCCAAUAACUGCCCUUGCAGUCUCCUCUCUAUAAUUAACAAAGUAAUGUUGCUGUCAAGCAACAGUUGCUCAACAAUAACCUGGUCUCUGAUGCUCAGUUUGGUUCAACCAGGCCCGCUCAGCUCCUGGCUUCGUGGCAGCUUAGAUCCAAACACGGUCCAAAGAGAUGGAUUGCACAGGUGAUGUGAGAGAGACUGCACUUGGCAUCAAGGGCCCACCCCUCAGUACCAGUGAGACAGGACUUGGAACAACCCUGGUGCAGCAAGGACAGCGGGUUACAUUUAGUUCCAGGACAUUAACAGAAUGGAACACAUUACACUUGUGAACAUUUUCAUCAAUGCCUACUUCCAGGAGACAAAAUCACAUUCAGAACAGACCACAAACCACUUCAAAGUAAUUUUCCACAACUGCCACUGUCUGCUCCAAAAGCUCUGACUCACAAAACAGAGGUAGCAUUUGCAAAUGCGAGGCAGGCGACUGAAGCAGAUGUAAAUUGCAGACAUGCUGUUGACAGCAGCUUCCCAGUGAAGACAGUACAGGAUACUGGAAUCAUAAAGCUGCUGCUAUCCAUAAACUGCAACAUCCACAGAAACAGUUUCUUUGUGGUCCAAGUCAUCCACACUGACCAGACAUUCCAAACUGACCUAGUCCCAUUUGCCAGC